AUCUGUUGUUCUUUCCGUCGACUUAUCUGGAAAGCAAGAUAAGACGCUCGACCUAUCCAUCUCCAAAGGGGAAUAUACAUUCAGCCUAGCGCAAUGUUUCGCCCAUGCAGGCUAAAUAAGUACCUAGCUCGCACUCGCGUCUAUCUUAAAGCGCAGGAAGUGAGAUUCUUGUUCUCUCCUCCCCCUCCCCUCUCGCUCCUUACGCAAGACGCUCUGAAGUAAUUGUGUGCUUGUGCUAGAUUGUUCGGUUCUUCCGCUUUAGAUUUUGGCUGCCUUCUUUUCUUUUUUUUUUUUUUGUCGUCAAUAUGGCCACUCGUGUAAUAGGAGCAGAUGAGGUAUUGGAGACGAGCUUACUCCUACCAGACCCGCGCGGGCAGCAACUUCAGAACAAGAAUACCCCCAGGAGAUCCAGAUGGAUUCUUCUAUUUGUGUGUUUUAUCAUUGUCACUUUAGACUUUGGUGACUAUUUAUCUAUCGCGCCACAGCUACAGAUCUACGAGGAUAUUAUCUGUCACCGCGUGCAUCCUGAACUCUUCGCCGGUGGCCUUGAUCGGUUAACGGCCGCCUCCAAUGCGCUCUGCAAGUCAGCUGAUGUGCAAGGCGAGCUGGCUCUGCUAGUAGGCUGGAAGGACACAUUCUCUAUGCUUCCCGGGAUGAUCCUGGCGAUCCCAUUUGGCCUCAUGGCGGACAAGGUCGGGCGCAAGCCAGUCAUCAUCCUCAGCCUUGCAGGUGUCAUCAUGCAGGAAUGCGCUAUCCGCCUCAUUUGCUGGUAUCAUACAAGCAUCCCACUCCAGGCAGUGUGGUUUACGCCGCUGUUCCAGAUCGUCGGGGGUGGCAGCCAGAUCGCUAGCUCCGUUGCCUUUACUGUCAUUUCAGACGUCUUCCCAGUUGACAAAAGGGCAAACGCAUUCCUCCUCAUGGCCGCCGCCAUGUUGCUUUCUCAGAUUCUUGCAGCCCCUCUAAGCGCCUGGUUGAUGUCCAAAGACGUGUGGGUACCGUCUUUGUUAGGGCUGGCGAUUGAAAUUUGCGGGUUCCUCCCUAUAUUCGUCUUCCCAGAGACUGGACCGAAGGCAUUGGACAGACCGGAAGACGAGAUCGAGAAUGAAGCUAGUGAGCGAGACAAUGAGUCUCUUCCGUUGACCUGGGUCGGUAUCGUGCGUUUGGUGCGAACUCAACUGAGCGAAGUACUGAGAUUUGUCGUGGGCAACGCCAAUACUUUAGCGAUCUUUUUCGCUUUCUUGACAUCCAGCAUUGGAAGCCAGGCGCUUCAGUUCGUGCUGCAAUAUGCCUCCAAGCGGUUCGCCUGGAGUGUGGCCGAGGCUACAUUUCUCAUAAGUCUGAAAGGCGCCGUCAACCUUGUCGCCUUCCUUCUCAUAAUACCCUUGAUUUCCAAGAUCCUUGAUCGAUAUCUCUCGCCGUUGAACAGAGACCUUCGCAUCACGCACGCCAGUAUCUGUGCCCUGAUUGCAGGAUUCGCCAUCAUGUCGGUGGCGGCCCAUCCGGCCCUUUUCGGCCUAGGAUUGUCGUUCUCAGCUCUCGGCUGGGGGUUUUACAUGACACUUCGUAGCGUUGGAAGCGCUCUGGUGGCCGAGAGUCAUGUCGGGCUUUUCAAUACAACUAUCGCCCUGGCCGAGGCUGUCGGAUCGAUGAUCGCUGGCCCGUUGCUGGCACUCCUUCUCAAGGCAGGGAUGAAGUGGGAGGGCGUUUGGAUGGGCUUGCCAUGGAUGGCGGCGACUGGUUUGUAUCUGCUGGCCGGAAUGGCAGUAGUUUGCAUCCGUACUUCAUCAGGGCAUUAGGAUAGUCACAGAGUGCAUAUGCUUCGAUGGAGAUAUGUGGACAAAGCAGCAAUGCCUUGCGGUGACUACGUCAAUGUCACGAAGUCCGAUCCAGUCAGAGAAAUCACAGACUGUGUCAGCCCCCUCGUCCCUUUAUACGCGCGCCGGUUGCGCCACAUGACCUCAGCCCGUCACAGCUACUGUGCAGUAUACAACAGGAUCCUGACCAACUCGUCUUCGCCAACUACAGCUCUUCUUGGACACGUAACGUCAAAUUUAGACCUUAUAGGAGAACUGUGGAACAACAGUUGAUGUGUCGCGCGCGUAUACUUAGUCUGAGUAUUGUACAGUACAGUACAUCUUCGGGGUGCUGGAACAUGGCUCUGUGUAAAUGGGAAGAAUGUAGGUGUAGUUACAGCACAGUCCCUGGCUU